CUGAGGCGCAGCUUUUGGGGCGCCUCCUCGCCUUUAUAUGUAGCUACAUCUCAAGGCUGGGAUAGUGAUUCGAUAACUAGCAAUUCUUAUUUGCCUUCAACCACAAGCUCACGUACUCAUAGAACUAUGGUCUGCCCUCCGCUCACCGAGAAGCAGGUAUACCUAGCUCUUAAAGAUGUCUUCAAAGGAAACGAAAUGCUGCCUAGCACAUUGAAGAAGCUUCGCAAGAGGGUCGAGAAGUCUAAGGAGAAUGUCAACGUCAAGCCUUUAAUACAGACAUAUGGCAUUGAAAACAUCACCCAGGUGGCCAAAGUCCUACUAGAUGACCAGGUCUUUGUUCUAAGGACGAGAGCAAUAGCACGCUUUCCCGAACUCAUCGAGACCCUCCCAAGCCAGCUUGAUCAGCCAAGUACCACUGACACGACGAUCGCAACAAGCAGUGCAUCUCCUCCACAACGCGGAGGGGUAUAUAGUCCUGAAGAGCUUCUGGGUAUUGGAGACAAGCUCUGGACGAGGACAAAGAAAGAAAGAGAUGAGACUAUUGACGCAGACUGCCAGACUCAAUCGCUCGAUUGCGUGAGCCUUCCACUCUGGGAUCAGCACCGACUUCUCGUUAAGAUCCAAUACGCCCUGGAAAAAGCUUGUUUCGUCUUCGCGCAGAAGAGGCUGAAAGAUCUCCUGCAGACUGAGAAGUGGGAUUGCGCAGAAGCAGUUGAACUUCAGCGAUGGGCGAAGGUUCUUUUCAUGUAUCGAAAAGACCUUGAUAUAGAGGAUGUCAAAGAUGUCGGAAAGCCUUUGCCCAUUCUUCUGGACGCGAUUACCCAGCUCAGGAAUGACGCGGUUCAUCGAAUCCGCCUUUCCUCAAGUGGUAUCUUGCAGCAUAUGACCAAUGCUGGGCUCCUGUCGCAGCUGGUACAAGAUGAAGAGUGCAGCAAACUGAUCACUACUAUACGGAUGAAAACUCAUGAUGCUAUCGGAAAAUUGGUGCGCAACAAGCAAUUACUAGACGACAAGAUGAGCAAGAUCAAGAAAGACUUUGCCGCAAAGAGGGCUGAGCUGGAGCGUCAAGAGACCGCUUUAUUAGAAGCUGCUGUGAAAGAGCAUGAGGAGCCCAAAAUUUCUGUAAGCGGAGAUUUGGAUCAGGUAACUGAUGACCUCGGUGGUACUGGGUCGACCAAUGCGCCCUGGAAACAUGGGUGUGAUCCUACUUUAUCCGAAGACAAGCCUGCUUCAUCUGCGGAUACUGUUCGGAUGCAUACGAAUGCUUCUGCAUCUAAGUCUAAUGCUCAGCCGGCAGUCACUCAAGUACCGAAUACUGCGAAGGAUGAAGUCGAGAUGGCAUGGGCUGAGUGGAGGAAAGCCAAGGAAGAAAAGCAAGCCGCUAAGGAGCAGACCAACCGAAAGGGGGGGACGGUUGGAGAGGCAAUCGAAGAUAAGGAAGGCACUGAAGAGUAUAGAGUAAGCGAGAAACCAGGAGAUGGUGCUGUUGAAGAUCUUCAUGAAGAUGUUGAGGACGUCAAACAGCUGUCCGAACCUCCCAUACCGGUGACCACAGUCGACGAUGGCUUGAUCGAAUCAGCUUUCACCGAUGAGGAGGAGGGCGACUGGAAAGACAAAGACGAGGAUUCAUUGGAGCAUUAUUUCGAGUGCCCCGAGAUUGUGCUUGAUAGCGGCGAGAGCGACGCGAAGCACCCCUCUAACGAUCCGCCACUGGAGCAACAGGUUGUGGCAACAGACACGACUAGCGAAGAGAGAGAUGUGCUAGAUGUUGCAGUCGCAUCCGAAUCUUGUGAUUCAGAUCUUCUAGAACAUGACCAGGGAUCGAUCCAUGAGCAAUACACCAGCCCCGCCCCUACUUGUGUUGGACAGACUGAGGACAACACCGACCAAGGCCACACAGAGCCCCUUCUGGAAGAAGGCAUAUCUGCUGGAAAUGGUACCAUGGAUCUGGUAGCAAGUUUGGAACAGCCUGUUGCUACUAGGGGUCAGUCGAAUGCUUUUACAGUCAUCAAGUCUUGGGGAGAAGGGCAAUGGCCGGGUUCAGUUUGUAUCAAAUCUCUGGAUGAUGACCCAAGACUGGAAUUGCUUCCUAAGGCAAAUGAAUAAGGACGUGUAGCACUGGUUUCGAUGCUGGAGGACAUUGAAUCCGCUGUUUGAAAAUUACAUGAGUCAAGAUCAUUGUACUAGCCUUCACGGAAGUUAGAAUAGAAG